GCCGGGGCGGGGCCAGCGCGGCCCCCGCUGCUGAGGGGGCUCGGCUGGGGCGGCCCCGCUGCGCGUCCCGGGGUCCCGCGCCCUCGCCAUGGGGCCCGGCCCCUCUCCGCCACCGGGCCCCGCGCCACGACCGUCUCGCGUGGCCUUGGCCGUGCUGCUCUGUGCCGCCCUGUUGCUGUCGGUGCCUGUGAGCGGCGCCGGUGAGCGGCGGCGCUUGGCGUGCUCCACCUGCCGGGGCAUCGUGGACAGGUUCAACCAGGGUUUAGCAGAUACAGCUAAAAAAAACUUUGGUGGUGGAAACACUGCUUGGGAAGAGAAGACGCUGUCAAAGUAUGAGUCCAGUGAAAUUCGUCUUGUAGAGAUCAUAGAGAAUCUGUGUGACAGUAGUAACUUCGAAUGUAACAACAUGGUAGAAGAACAUGAAGAACUUAUAGAGAAAUGGUGGUUCAAACUAAAGAAGAAGUAUCCAGAUUUGUUUAAGUGGUUUUGCAUUGAAACAAUAGAAGUUUGCUGCCCUGCUGGAACUUAUGGACCCGAUUGCCUUGCUUGUCAUGGUGGAUCAGAAAGACCUUGCCAUGGAAAUGGCCACUGUGAUGGUGAUGGUACCCGAGGUGGAGAUGGCUCAUGUAGCUGUAAGAAGGAGUACACAGGACAGUUUUGUUUGGACUGUUCUAGUGGUUACUUCAGUUCCUUGAGAAACGAGACUCAUUCUGUUUGUACAGCCUGCCAUGCUGCCUGUAAGACAUGUACUGGUUCAAGUAACAUGGACUGCCAGGAUUGUAAAGAAGGCUGGAUUAAAAAUGAAGAUGGAGCUUGUGUGGAUUUAGAUGAAUGUGCUGCUUCUCCUUGCAAAGAUCACCAGUAUUGUUUGAACACAGAUGGAUCUUUCUCAUGCAAAGCAUGUGAUGCCAGCUGUGUAGGUUGCACAGGAGAAGGUUCUGGAAAAUGUAAGACCUGCGCAUCUGGAUACGUGAAGGAAGAUGAGAAGUGUACAGAUAUAGAUGAAUGUAACCUUCCUGAAAAGGUCUGCACGAAAGAGAAUCAAGACUGUGUUAAUACAUCAGGUAGUUACAAGUGUGUAUGUUCAGAAGGGUUUGAAGAGAAGGAUGGAACAUGUGUUCAAACUGUAAAACCAGGAGAGGAAGUAGAGAGUGUAACAACUGAGCCUCCACAUACUGAACAUGUUGACUUAUGAUCUGCAUUCAGAACCAAAAGACAUUCCUAUCUAAAGAUUUAAAUUAUUGGACUAAGCCUCUGCUAGCUGACAUACUGUGGAAGUGGUAUGAAAUAUGCAGGUUGCCAUUAAGACUUUUUUUCAAUGGUGACAACCUGCCCUUUAAGCUGCAUUUCUUUAUUCUUAAAUCCCACUUUUUAUAUAAUUCUUCAAAAACAACGUUCUAGAUGGGUUAGUAUAAAAUUUGAAUGAGUAUAACACUGUACCCAGCAACUGUAAACAACUUGCAGGCUUCUUAUUCUAGUGCCUACUGAAAGCUGUUAUCUUCUGGAAGAAUUUAGUUGCACUUCAUAAUUCAAGGAAAAUUUAGACUGAAGUUUGUUGUUUAUAAUCAUGAGAAAUAUUUCUGUAAUUGAAAUACAACUUUUGGAAAUUGUCAAAGGGAAUCUCUGUGGGGGGAGGGAAGCACUGUUCCCUUAAACAAAAUAGAAUGCCUAAUAUUGCAUUCAAUAAAAGUGUAUUUUGUUGGAAUGUGCCUUAAAAUUUUUAAGAUGUUAAUACCUUGAUGUGUUGUCAUGCCUAUUUUUCUUUUAAGUCAGUGAAAACAACCCAAUACCACAAAAACAACCCAAACAACCUUCAAAAAACCAAAAUCCCAGAACCUUGUAAACUGUAUUUCGGUUCAGCACUGAAUUCAAGCACUCUGUUUUAUUGGAAUAUACAUGAAAUAACUUCCUCUGUGUUGUCUCUAAGCUUGAAGGCAAGUAUAAGAGCUAAAAUGGAUGUAUCCUAUA